CGUCUGUCAUGGUGUUUGUAAACAAACAUAAUUCAAAACAAAGUGCACGAUCGUUUGAAAUGGAUAUUAUUAUAUCGUAAACUAAGCGAAGAUAAUAAAUUUGUUUGUUACAGUCAACUAAUACACAAAAAUAUGUAUACUUCACCGGCAGCAGAACACAGUUCAAACCUGAACUUUCCGCAAGUUUGUCGAUUAUGUAUGAGCGAGGAGUUUCUCGAAGAUAUCUUUAACCAGAGCGAGCUUCACACGUGGAUCAUGGAGCUAUUAUCAAUCAAGAUCACCGAAAAGGAUUCAAUCAGUCAAAGCAUUUGUGCUGAAUGUAAGAUACGUUUGAAUGAGUUUCGAGAAUAUCGGUUGCAAUGUUUGGAUGUACAAAACGUUUUGUUGAACGAACGAGCUGCGAUCAACGAUGAACAAAUCUCUUCGGAAGAGAGUGCGUUAGAAGCUCAACGGAAUGAUAAUGCAGUGUCACUGCAAACUCCAGAAGCCAUGGAGGAAAUCUAUUAUGCGGGAGCGGAAGAACUAGAUCCAGUAGUUAUCCUACUGGAAGAUCUAAGCAGUACCUCGGAAUGUCAAGAUGAGGAUACGAGGGAAUCGAACAUGAGUGUUGGCGAACAUUAUCCAGAUGAUGAUGACCAAGCGAAAGACAGUUCCACUGCUUUGUCGUCAAUUGAAAUUUUGGAAUCAAGUGAUGACGAAGAUUUAAAAACAAAAAAACUACAGACCCCGAAUCCGCGAAAGGCGAAAAUUAAGAAAUAUACUUGCGAAAUGUGCGGAACAAAACUUCAGGGGAGCCGAAUGGAGGGACAUAUGAACAAACAUCUAGGUGUAAAACCAUACAAAUGCGAGCGGGGUUGCACCGAUGCGGCUUUCACGGAUAACUACCAUCGCAUUUGGCACUACCGGCACCGGCAUGAUGCCCACAAAUAUUGCUGUCCCGUUUGUAAUCGAUCUUUUGCUACGAGACAAGGACUAUACAGUCACAAACGGAUCCAUCAUGCUACAAAAUCGUUCAAAUGUGAUAUUUGUCAAAAGGAGUUUGCGACUGAGUAUCUCCAGAAAAGGCACAUGUUGGGGCAUGGCGCCAAGGAAAACAAAUUCUCCUGUUCCAAAUGUAACGCGUCGUUUCCCACGGAGUACGCUCUACAACGCCACGUACCGCAAAAACACUUUUCAAGCGAAGGCGAUGAUUUCGGUAGAAACUGGCUGCAGGCCCAGCUAGAGCAAGCCGAAGUAAAAUGUGAGGACGAACUGAUGCUACAUGAUGCCCGGCAAGACGAAUUUGUGGCGACGGAAGAGACUAGAAUCCAUUCCGAUUCGGGUGAUUGGGUUGUUAUUCAAUAAACGAAGUAGAUAGGGUUAUCAGCUGCAUGAUACUAGUUCUAAAUAAGGUGAUAAGCAGCGAAAGAUGAUUAUAAUUUUUAUACCUGAAACUUUAGGUCUGACUAAAAAAAUCAUAAAAUGCUCAAUUCCUAUGUUAAAAACACGAUGUUUGGGUUCGUUUGCAGGAAGUUGCAAUAU